CCAAGGUUGCAGGCAGGAAUCUCUCUCAGCCCGAUCUUGGAGAUGCUGCCAGGGAGGGAACUUGGAACCUUCUGCUCUUCCCAGAGUGGCUCCACUGAGGGGAAGAUCUUCCAGUGCUCACCCUUCUAGUCUCCCAUUCAAAUGCAACCAGGGUGGACCCUGCUUAGCUAAUGAGACAAGUCAUGCUUGCUACCACAAGUCCAACUCUUCUCUCCAUAGAGUCCUCGGUAAAAUGGUACAACCCUGUCUGCUCUUGGGACUCAUUCAGGUGCUUGUCCUUCUCGCUUCCAGAGCUCCUUUAAAUAACAAGGCUCGUAGAGAAUGUUCACUGUAUGCAUCAGGUCCAGUCUCUCACAAUUCUGGAUAAAAGCAUUUCCGUUAGCAGGCCUGGAAAGGAACCUUCUCUUCUUAAGACACUGGAGAACCUUUCCCCUUCUCUCUGAUUCAGGCAGCUUUAUAUGUUCAAGUUCAUCUUGCUUCUAAGUUGUAAUAUGUUGUUGUUGUUGUUGUUGUUGUUGUUAUUAUUUUGAUUUCUACACCGCCCUUCCAAAAAUAGCUCAGGGCGGUUUACAGAGAGAAACAAUAAAUAAAUAAGAUGGCUUCCUGUCCCCAAAAGGCUCAUAUUCUAAAACGAAACAUAAGAUAGACACCAGAAACAGUCACUGGAAGUACUGUGCUGGGGGUGGAUAGGGAUACAUGGAGUUUUGGGGGGAUGGAGGUUGUUUGUAACCACAAGGAUACAUAACACAUUUUUCUAAUCAACUGCUGGAAUUCUUGAGGUUUUAAACAGGGGUUGUGGAAUCACAAAAGUGCUUAGUGAGAGAGAGCCAGUGUGGUGUAGUGGUUAGAGUGCUGGACUAGGACCGGGGAGACCCGAGUUCAAAUCCCCCUUCAGCCAUGAAACUAGCUGGGUGACUCUGGGCCAGUCACUUCUCUCUCAGCCUCAUCUACUUCGCAGGGUUGUUGUGAAGAGAAACUUAUGCAGUACUUAAGUAUGUAGUACUCUGGGCUCCUUGGAAGAAGAGCGGGAUAUAAAAGAAAUGGCAACGGACGUUCCCUCCUUGGGCACGAGUUCUGGGACAUCUGGACCCGGCGCGCAGCCUGGAGGCAGCAUUGUCCAAAGAACGAACAAGAGGAGGCCAGGACUUGAUUUUGAUGAUGACGAUGGUGAAGGGAACAGUAAGUUUCUCAGGUGUGAUGACGACCAGCUGCCAAAUGACAAAGAGAGAUUUGCCAGGUCUGAUGAUGAGCAGAGUUCAGCGGAUAAGGAAAGGCUGGCCAGGGAGAACCACAGCGAGAUUGAGCGCCGGCGCCGGAACAAGAUGACGGCCUACAUCACCGAGCUGUCAGACAUGGUCCCCACCUGCAGCGCCUUGGCACGCAAGCCAGACAAGCUCACGAUCCUGCGGAUGGCGGUGUCACACAUGAAGUCCCUCCGGGGCACCGGGAACACCUCCACCGAUGGGACCUACAAGCCGUCCUUCCUCACGGACCAGGAGCUCAAGCACUUGAUCCUGGAGGCGGCCGACGGCUUCCUCUUCAUUGUGUCCUGCGAAACCGGCAGGGUGGUCUACGUCUCCGACUCGGUGACGCCCGUCCUGAACCAGCCUCAGUCCGAGUGGUUCGGCAGCACGCUCUACGACCAGGUGCAUCACGACGACGUGGACAAGCUGAGGGAGCAGCUCUCCACUUCGGAAAACGCGCUCACCGGUCGGAUCCUUGAUCUGAAGACCGGCACCGUCAAGAAAGAAGGCCAGCAGUCCAUGAGGAUGUGCAUGGGCUCCCGGAGGUCGUUCAUCUGCCGGAUGAGAUGUGGCAACGCGGCGGUCGAUCCGGUCUCCAUAAACCGCCUCAGCUUCAUGAGAAACAGAUGCAGGAACGGACUAGGUGCAGUGAAGGAAGGGGAGCCCCAUUUUGUGGUAGUCCACUGUACGGGUUAUAUAAAGGCCUGGCCCCCUGCAGGGGUAUCGCUGCCGGAUGACGACCCGGAAGCCGGGCAGGGGAGCAAAUUUUGCCUUGUGGCCAUCGGCAGGCUACAGGUCACGAGUUCGCCCAGCUGCGCGGACAUGAACACCGUCUGCCAGCCAACCGAGUUCAUCUCCCGGCACAACACCGAAGGCCUCUUCACCUUUGUCGACCACCGCUGCGUGGCCACCGUCGGCUACCAGCCUCAGGAACUGCUGGGGAAGGAUAUUGUGGAUUUCUGCCACCCCGAGGAACAGCAGCUGCUGAGGGACAGCUUCCAACAGGUGGUGAAGUUAAAAGGCCAGGUUCUGUCCGUCAUGUUCCGGUUCCGGUCCAAGAACCGAGAAUGGCUCUGGAUGAGAACUAGCUCCUUCACCUUCCAGAAUCCGUACUCGGAUGAGAUAGAGUACAUCAUCUGUACCAACACCAACGUGAAGAACUCCAGCCAGGAGUCCCGCCCGGCCUUGCCCAACCCGAUGCAGAGGCCGCAGCUGGGCCCCAACGUCAGCCUGCCUUUGGAGAUGGGUCCCGCCCAGCUGGCAUCAAGGCAGCAAACAACACAAGCCACAGAGCUUGACGCGGUCCCCGGAAGGGAGAGCUUAACAAGUUAUGACCAUACGCAGGCUGCCGUUCAGCCAGUGGCCGCCAGUGGCCCAGAGCACAGCAAACCUCUGGAGAAGACAGAGAGCUUGUUCAGCCCGGAGAGAGACCCUUGUUUCCGCGAAAUGUAUGGCAGCAUCAGCACAGACCAGCCAAAAGCCAUCUCCUCCAGCUCUGUACCUCCCAACCAGUCUCUCUUCUCCCAGGGGAAUACCUUCGCCGCUUCACGCCCCGCUGAGAACUUCAGGAGCGGCUCCAUGGUCAUCCAGCAGCAGCAGCAGCCGCCGCCACCACAGCAGCCAGCGUCGGCGGGCCAAAUCCUGGCACAGAUCUCUCGCCACUCAAAUCCUGCCCAGGUCUCCGGAGCCAGCUGGGCUUCUGGGACGCGUCCACCUUUCACGGCCCAACAAGUGGCUUCCCAGGCGGUGAAGACCCGGCCCCCGUCCUUCGCCAUGGGCUCCUUCCAGGCCCCCCCGUCCUCCUUCAGCCCCAUGUCGACGCCGGGCUCCACGGCCCCCCCAAGCGGAGCCGCCUAUCCAAACCUCUCUGGCCGGAACGCCAACUUUGCAGCAGGAGAGACCGCGCAGAACCCAGCCCCGUUCCAGACACGGACAGCUGAGGGCGUCGGCGUUUGGCCCCAGUGGCAGAGCCAGCCCCACGGGCAGAGUGCAGGCGAGCCCCACAUCCAGCAGCAGCAGCAGCAGCAGACCCAGCCAGAAGUUUUUCCGGACAUGUUAUCCAUGCUGGGAGAUCAGGGCGCCAACUACAGCAACGAGGAAUUCCCCGAGCUAAACAUGUUCCCUCCCUUCUCGGAAUAAGAAUGGAAGCCGCUCCAUGAAGACGUUGCAGUUUUCUGCAUAGCGAUGUGGAAGGGAAGAGGCAGCCGGGCCCUUCCUCUCUUUCUUCUUUCCAAGACUGCCAAAGCAGAGGACGCCGAACGAGGCGUGGCGAGCAGAGGCCCGCUCGUCCCCGGAUGGAGUCUCCGGUGAGGCCGCUCGUGUUGGACUGUGGCCCCUUCCAACUCGCCACGCAACUGGUUGGCUUUCCGGAGAGCAUUGGAUGUGGGUUAAAGCAGCAGCGGGAGAGAUUUUCCGCACCCCAGGCAGGAGCAGAGAUGCUCAGGGUGUGAUCAUCAGGGAUUUUAAAAGCUCAGCAAGCGGGUUUUUUUUUUAAAAAAAAACAAACAAACAAACCCAACACACGUCUAUGCCAUAACCUUUUAUAUAUAGGUGUAUAACAAUG